AUAGUACGAAUAUUUUAAAAGAAAUAAAUAAAAUUAUUAUAAGAUAUAUAUAUAUGUGUGUGUGUGUUCAGCGACGGUGGCGUUCAGCGGCGCUGGAGAAGACGGGCGCCAUGUCGUGUUCAUCUCUGCGUCCAGCCAUCGCUGUCCGCUCUACGGCGGCGAAGACCCACGCUCGUCUCCUCAAAUCUGGCGACAAUGCUGACGUCGUCUCCUGGAACAAAAUUCUGACGGCCUACUCUGCCCCCGGCGGCGGCCUGCCGGACGCCCGCAAGCUUUUCGACGAAAUGCCCCGACGCGACGUUGUCUCGUGGAACGCCCUAGUCGCCGCUCACGUCGCCUCCGGAUCGCACCACCAAGCGUGGGCCGUGUUCCGGAGCAUGCUCUCCGCCGGACUACGCUUCAACCAGUACACCCUCGCGAGUCUACUCAAGUCCGCCGCCCGCGCCGCCGAGCUUGAGCUCGGCCGCCAGCUGCAUGCCUCGACCACCAAAUCGGGCUUCGACCACGACGUCUUCGUCGGCAGCGCCCUGGUCGACGUGUACGCCAAGUGCCUCAGGAUGCGAGAUGCCGUUAUGGUGUUCGAGCAAAUGCCAGAGCCGAACGCCGUGACGUGGAGCGCAGUGAUCGCCGGCCAUGCGAGGGUUGGAGACGCCGACGCGGCCCUCAUCGCCUUGCAGCAGAUGGAGAGAGCUGGCUUCAAGCUCGAGGAAGCCACGUUCGCCGGGCUCUUGACGUCCCUCAACGCGCCCUCUUAUCACGAAUCCGCCCGCCAAGUGCACGCUAAGAUUGUAAAAUUCGGGGAAGCCAUGGGCAUCAACGCCUAUAAUGCCGCCAUCACAGCGUACUCGCAGUGCGGCGCCGUGGAAGACUCGAGGAAGAUCUUCGACAAGAUGGAGAAUCCCAAGGAUCUGGUAUCGUGGAACUCUCUGCUCGCGGCCUAUGCUUGCCAUGGCUUGGCCAAGGACGCGAUGGAGCUCUUCGUCGCGAUGCAGAAGAAGCUGGGAAUGGAGCAAGACAUGUACACAUUCACUAGCGCCAUCAGCGCUUGCUUCCAACAGGAGAACACCGGCGAAGGGCGCGCGUUGCACGCGCUGGUGAUCAAGCGGGGCUUCGACGCCACCGUGAACGUCUCGAACGCCCUCAUCGCAAUGUACGGGAAGCCCGGGGCAGGCGACACGAUGGAGGACGCCUGGAAGACCUUCGAGUUCAUGGAGCUGAAGGACUCAAUCUCAUGGAACACGCUUCUCACCGGGCUUUCUCAGAACGGGCGGAGCGAGGAGAGCUUGAGGCUGUUCGCACUCAUGAUGAAAUCGGAGGCCAUGGAGAUCGAUCACUAUGCAUUCUCGGCCGCGUUGAGGUCCUGCGCCGAUCUGGCGGUCCUCCAAUUGGGCCAGCAGAUUCAUAGACACGUCCUGAGGCUGGGCUUCGCCGGCAAUGAGUUCGCCGGAAGUGCCUUGAUCUUCAUGUACGCCAAGUGCGGCAUCCUCGAAGAUGCUCACAAGGCGUUCGAUGAAACGCUCAAGAGCAGCCCCGUGGCGUGGAACUCCAUGAUCUUCGGAUACGCCCAACAUGGGAAAGGCCGGGUCGCCCUCAGCUUGUUUUCGAAGAUGCACGAGUCAGGGGUCGAGCCCGACCACAUCACGUUCGUUGGCUUGCUCACUGCGUGUAGUCACAGUGGUCUAGUCAAAGAAGGAACCAAGUUUUUGCAGUCGAUGCAACCCGUGUUUGGAGUCGCGCUAAGGAUGGAGCACUAUGCGUGUGGGGUUGAUCUCUUUGGACGAGCGGGGCAGCUCGAGGAAGCAAUGAAAUUGGUCAAGUCGAUGCCAUUUGAGCCUGAUGAGAUGGUUUGGUUGACACUGCUAGGUGCGUGUAGAGUACGCGGGGAUUUGAAAUUGGCUAGCCGUGUGGCUGAGCAUUUGCUUGUGUUGGAGCCUAAACAUCACUCGACGUAUGUGCUCCUAUCGCACAUGUAUUCAGGGGUUGGGAUGUGGGACGAUAGGGCUACAAUGCAGAGAACGAUGAGGAGUAGAGGCUUGAGUAAAGUCCCAGGUUGGAGCUGGGUGGAGAUUAUGAACCAAGUGCAUUGUUUCAAUGCUGAAGAUAGGUCACACCCUCAAGUCGAAGAGGUCUAUAAGAUGCUAGAAGUUUUAACUGAGAUGAUCACGACUGUUUCUUCAUUAGAUACUGAAGUUUUUGAAUUCAAAUCCGUAUGUACAUGCCAUCUUGAACAAGUCUGGGAUCGAGGAGCAAAGGAUUUGUCAAAUGCACUUGGAAUAACAUGAGCAUACAAAACGGUUAAUGAAAGAAGGAUUUGUCAAAUGCACUUGGAAUAACAUGAGAAUACAAAAUGGUUAAUGAAAGAAGGAUUUCUCAUGGAGGUUUAACUCUUUCACAAGGCGAGUGCGAUGAUACUUUGUUCUUCUCUAUCGGACGAGAAAUUUGUGUCGAAAAGUCAUCUAUUGAACAUGUAAAGAGUGAAAAAAAAAAAAAUCCUCC